GUUUAACAAGCUCCAGCUCUGUAAUCUCAUAAUUACACGCAUGUAAGUGGCACAUGGACUAAACAUCUAGCGGUAGCCGACCAGGUAGCAUAUCUAGCCGUAACAGACCAGGUAGCACACCUAGCAGAGGCUGACCGGGUAGCACCCCUAGCAGAAACUGAUCGUGUACCAGAACUAGCAGUAAUCGGCCAGGUAACACUAAAGGUAGCAAGUGACGAGGUAAGUCUACAUUUUAAGUUGAUUUUAAGUUGUUUCAGUUUACUCGCUUCUCCACCGAGUGCCUAUUUUAUUUCAUCAAUACCUCUUCUACCCUGAAAGCAGACUGACGAUUUUUUCAAGAUGAGCGAUUGCGCUGACCAGGUCAAAGAAGUCCGCAUCCCAGAACAGAAGGAAUUCGACCAGCAAGUAUUUCCUCUCGUCUUGACCCCCAACCCCGACAGCGAUAGUAAAUUUGAAACGGCACAAGACGCAUUUGAUUGGUUGGAAGGGCAGAGAGGGUUCAUAAGCCAACAGUUGCUCAAGUAUGGUGCUAUCUUGUUCAGGGGAUUCCCGUUCAAAGACGCGCAAGACUUUGACGGCUUUGUGACGUCUUACGGGGUUGAGCCACUGCCUUACGUUGGUGGAGCUGCGCCCAGAACACAAAUCACAUCCAAGGUCUUCACAGCCAAUGAAGUGAGUUUCAUCUUUGUCAUGUAAUAGAGUAAAGGUUAAGUUGGAGACAUGCGUUGUGGGCCUACAGUACCAGUUAUUCCAACUCUGCUCCUAUCCCAGAAAAUUGUUGUUUUUUUCUUUAGGCGCCACCCGAUCAACAGAUCCCCUUUCACCACGAGAUGGCGCAAGUGCCAACGUCUCCCAGCAUCCUCUUCUUCUUCUGUGAGGUGGCGCCAGCUAGCGGUGGCCAAACUCCACUGGCACUGUCCCAUCUCGUUUACAAUGUCAUGCUGGAGAAGCAUCCACAGUUUGUCAAGUAAGUUUCCGACUUCACUGAAGGUUUUAGUUGUAUGUCAUUUAUGAGAGGUUUUUAGUUGUAUGUCAUUAAUGAGAGGUUUUUAGUUGUAUGUCAUUAAUGGGAGGUUUUUAGUUGUAUGUCACUAAUGAGAGAUUUUAUUUGUAUGUCAUUAACAAGGGGCUUUAGUUGUUUGUCAUUAUAUAGGUAGACUUGUAAGCCGGGGCACUUAUACUUAUAUGCUACUAGAUCUAGAUAUGUAGCUUGAUCAAGAUAUGGUCUUAUGCCAUAUGUUUUGGCCUAUUAUUUAGCCGCCACCACUUUACCACCAUAUACAUAAUAGCCUGGAUUUAAACAUGGUUUAGAUAUUUAUAGACCUGUCCUGUUUACCUACCAUAAUCCUAAACCAAUCUUUCCUACCAACCGUACAGAGACCUGGAGCAGAAGCAAGUCCAGUACACCAGGGUACUGCCCGAGGACGACGAUCCCAGUUCCGCCAUCGGUCGAGGCUGGAAGUCCACUUUUCUGACGGACGACGAGAGCGUGGCGGAGGAGAGGUGCCGGGAACAGGGGACGUUCUUCGAAUGGCUGCCCGGCGGGUGUCUCAAGACGGUCACGGCAGUACUGCCCGCCAUCAAGCAGAAUGAACGUACCGGGAAAAAGGCAGGACUUUUCAAACACAUAGUAGCAUCAGUGGUGACACUUGGGGUGGGGGAGGUGGAGUGAGGGUGGUACUUUUGGAGUUAAAAUUACCAUCGUGGUGAUGACGUUAGUAGGGUGUUGGGGAGCACUAGGUGGCAUCAAGUAAAGCUAUUCAAACACAUAGUAGCAUCAGUGGUGACACUUGGGGGGGGGGGGAGGGGGAGUGAGGGUGGUACUUUUGGAGUUAAAAUUACCAUCGUGGUGAUGACGUUAGUAGGGUGUUGGGGAGCACUAGGUGGCAUCAAGUAAAGCUACACAUCUGAUUAGUCAAAUGAUAGUAUCAUUCAGUUGAUUUCUUAGCUAUGCCGGGUUGGGGGGGGGGGCAAUAAAAUUCACGAGAGUCAUACAUUUCUUGGAGUCACAAGAGUCCAAAGUCAUACAUUUCUUGGAGUCACAAGUAGUUAAAAGUCAUACAAUUCUUGGAGUCACAAGAGUCCAAAGUCAUAUAUUUCUUGGAGUCACAAGUAGUUAAAAGUCAUACAAUUCUUGGAGUCACAAGAGUCCAAAGUCAUACAAUUCUUGGAGUCACAAGAGUCCAAAGUCAUACAUUUCUUGGAGUCACAAGUAGUUAAAAGUCAUACAAUUCUUGGGGUCACAAGAGUCCAAAGUCAUACAAUUCUUGGAGUCACAAGAGUCCAAAGUCAUACAAUUCUUGGAGUCACAAGAGUCCAAAGUCAUACAAUUCUUGUAGUCACAAGAGUCCAAAGUCAUACAAUUCUUGGAGUCGCAAGUAGUUAAAAGUCAUACUUUUAGUUCCUUGGAGUCAAACGCUAACUCCGACCAAUAUUGACUAUGUUAUCAAAUGUUUCCACUGUACCAAACCAUCUGACAAUUGUCUCCCUUCCACUGUACCAAACCAUCUGAUCAUUGUCUCCCUUCCACUGUACCAGAGCAUCUGACCAUUGUCUGCCUUCCAUUGUACCAACCAUCAUCUGAUCAUUGUCUCUCUUCCACUGUACCAAAUCAUCUGAAAAUUGUCUCCCUUCCACUGUAACAUACCAUCUGAUCAUUGUCUGCCUUCCACUGUACCAGAUCUGGUUCAACUCCAUCAUUGCCGCCUACCGAGGUUGGCAAGACAGCCGAAACUCCUCAAAGCAAGCGAUCACCUUCUCCGACGGGACGCCCAUGCCACCAGAGAUCAUGGACGACCUUGAGAAAACCUUGGACGACCUGGCUGUGGACAUCACGUGGCAGAAAGGGGAUGUCAUCCUGGUAGAUAAUAAACAAGCACUCCACGCGCGCCGUACUUUCCCCCCACCCAGAAGGAUAUUGGCGUCUUUAGGCGAAUAAAGGGGACGCUAAUAGGGUCAAGAUGACAUUGAACUAAGGAAAUGAAGAUGACAUUGAACUAAGGAAAUGAAGAUGACAUUGAACUAAGGAAAUGAAGAUGACAUUGAACUAAGGAAAUGAAGAUGACAUUGAACUAAGGAAAUAAAGAUGACAUUGAACUAAGGAAAUAAAGAUGACAUUG